AUGAAGGGCUUUCUGCUGUCUGGCCUGUUGGCCACUGUGGCUUCGGCGCACAUGCAAAUGAGCAAGCCGUACCCAAUCCGCAGUCCCUUGAACAAGAAUGCCACGGGCAAGAUAGACUAUUCCUACACCAACUCGCUGUCGCCAUCAGGCCAGGACUACCCGUGCAAGGGCUAUCAGAAUGACCCCUUUGUCUCGCAGGCGAGCUACACCCCGGGCCAAUCGUAUGAGAUGGAGCUCGCGGGCGAAGCCACACACGGGGGCGGCUCGUGCCAGCUAGCUUUGACCUACGACCGAGGCAAGACCUUCAAGGUUAUCGAGUCCAUGCUCGGCGAAUGCCCAAUCCCUAAGAAGUACAAGUUCACCGUGCCCUCUGACGCACCCUCUGGGGAAGCUCUCCUGGCGUGGACCUGGUUUAACAAGAUCGGCAACCGGGAGAUGUACAUGAACUGUGCCAUGGUCACCAUUGGCGGCGGCUCGAGUCGUAUGAUGGGCAAGUCGAAUGAUAUGGAGAGGCGGGAGGAGAUUGACAUGCCCAACAUGACCCCUGAGGAGACGAAGGAGGCUGAGAGUGAUGACGACCAGUCCAGCACUACGCAGGGCUCAUCCGCUGAUGAAAACUCCCCCAAGACUACCGACAAGAGUACUACUACUAGUAGCACUACGUCCAAGGACAAGUCCACUGAGACGCCCUCAAAGAAGCCGACAGACAAGCCCACUGAGUCGCCCUCCAAGAAGCCGACAGACAAGCCCACUGAGACGCCCUCCAAGAAGCCGACAGAUAAGCCCACUGAGUCGCCUUCCAAGAAGCCGACAGACAAGCCCACUGAGACGCCCUCCAAGAAGUCGACAGACAAGCCCACUGAGACGCCCUCCAAGAAGUCGACAGACAAGCCCACUGAGACACCCUCCAACAAGCCGACAGACAAGCCCACUGAAACAUCCUCCAAGAAGGCAACAGACAAGCCCAAGUCCACUGAGAAGCCCAAGCCUACUGGAAAGCCCACGGACGACGACAAUGCUGCCAACAACAAGCAAUCCACUGCCUUCCAGAACCUGCCCGAGCUCUUCGUCGCCAACGUCAACCAGACGGGCCAGUGUGUGACCAUCGAAGGCCAGACCGUGGAUUUCCCUAAGCCCGGCGACAACGUGAUGGGUAAGUCUGAUGGCAAGGGCUACAAGUGCUCUGGCAACGCGCCCUUCCUGGGAGCUGAUGCGCCGAAGUCGUCUGGUGAUGACUCUGGAAAUGGCAAGGACGGUUCCUCCAAGGACAAGGGCGAUGGUUCAAAGGGCAAGGGAGACUCCAAGGACGACUCCAAAGAUAAGGAUAGCUCCUCCAAGGACGAUUCUUCCAAGAACAAGGGCGAUGGUUCAAAGGGCAAGGACGCCUCGAAAGACAAGGGUAGUUCCUCCAAGGAUGAUGCUUCAAAGGGCAAAGGAGAUUCCAAGGACGACUCGAAUGACGAUUCCAAGGACGAUUCCAAGGACGAUUCCAAGGACGAUUCCAAAGACGAUUCCAAAGACGAUUCCAAGGAUGACGCCCGUGUUGCCUCCAAUCCAACCAUGACCAAGGUCGCGAAGGUCGCUCAGAUUCAGAGCACUGCCCAACCCGCCCCGCGCUUAUGGGGCACCGAGGCCACGACCAACAACGAAUUCCACAACUACGUCGGCAACUGGUACUGCUAUGACGGCGAGUUCAUCUGCUCUCCCGAUGGCUUGACCUGGGCUCAGUGCGUCCAUGGCUACCCCAUCUUCAUGGGCCCCGUUGCUCGUGGUACCCUCUGCCGCUUGGGCCGGAUGGUUUCCGCCGGCGAUUGGUCCUGA